UCUCUCUGUCUCUCUCUGGGGGUGUAAAAUGGAGUCGGAGAACGAUCCCGACCGACGCGAAGAGACAACCAUGGCUAAGCAUUGCGGUGCUGAGUCCGCGUUUGCUCAUGUGCCUCGAGCUCCCGAAAUCCCGGUUUAUGCGGUACGCCACUGAAUUUCGCUUUCGCUUCCGAGACACUGGGUUACCGAACUCUCGGUAGCCGUCCUGAUGGCCAUAACAUGGGAUGCACGCAAGCUGUUUGUUAUAUGUUGGCUGUUGGCUCGAUAUAUAUGGAACCUCACCAUGAAAGAAACAAAUGGGGAUGAGAUUCGGUCUCCUUUCUCUAGCUGUCUGAAAGUUUUGAUGGUUUUAGGCAACGGGCUACCAAUUUUGGUCAAGCGACCAGUUUCUCGGGAUUGCUUGAAUUGUGUCGGGGGGCCUGGAAAAUCGCCGUUUUAUGGCGAACAUCGAGCAUGCUACUUAGGAAUCACUUUAAGUGUGAUGACUGCAUGCAGUAAAGAUCCCAGCCCAGUGAAGCUGAACCUGGGCAUGGGUGUUUACAGGACGGAGGACGGCAGACCUCUUCUUUUAAAUGUGGUUAGAAAAGCAGAAGAGCUCCUUUUUAGUGACCCGUCCGCUAAUAAAGAAUACUUGCCAAUUACUGGACUGACAGAAUUUAGGGAACUGAGUGCUAAGCUAAUAUUUGGUACAGACAGCCCUGCAAUUAAAGAAAAUAGAGUGACCACCGUGCAAUGCUUGUCUGGGAGUGGCUCACUGAGGAUUGGUGCCGAUUUCUUAGCAAAAUAUUAUUACCAGUCGACAGUAUACCUUCCUGAGCCAACAUACGGUAACCAUCCGAACUUCUUCAUAGCAGCAGGGCUUUGCUUGAGGACUUACCGCUAUUAUGAUCCAGUGACAAGAGGGCUAGACUUCCAAGGUAUCUUGGAAGACCUUGCUUCUGCUCCAUCGGGAGCUAUUGUGCUACUCCAUGCUUGUGCACAUAAUCCUACUGGUGUUGAUCCAACGGUUGAGCAGUGGGAGGAGAUCAGACAGAUUAUCAGAUCAAAAGGGUUGCUUCCAUUCUUUGAUUGUGCUUAUCAGGGUUUCGUAAGUGCAAGCCUAGAAGAUGAUGCACGAGCUGUGAGAAAGUUUGUUGCUGAUGGUGGUGAAUGCCUUGUUGUCCAGUCGUACUCAAAGAACAUGGGACUCUAUGGAGAACGAGUUGGUGCACUCAGUGUAGUUUGCAAGACUGCGGAUGUGGCAACCCUUAUUGAGAGUCAGUUGAAGCUUCUGAUUCGACCCAUGUAUUCAAAUCCUCCAAUUCAUGGUGCUGCCAUUGCAGCUACCAUCUUAAAAGACAGGAAUUUGUUCAAUGAAUGGACAUUUGAGUUGGAGACAAUGACUAAACGGCUCACAUGCAUGCGGGAGCAAUUAUUUGAUGACUUACAUGAAAGAGGGACCCCUGGUGACUGGACUCAUAUCCUCAAGCACGUCGGCUUGUUUACAUUCUCAGGGUUGAAAGAGGAGCAAAUUGCUUUCAUGACAAGGGAAUUCCAUAUUUAUAUGUCAUCUGAUGGGAGGAUCAACAUGGCGGGGCUGAGCGCCAAUACAGUCCCUCACCUGGCCAACGCAAUACACGCUGCUGUUACUCAGAUACCAUGACUAGUCCGCAACAAUGGCCUUCCCGGUUAGACCAUCCUACUCAUCCGUCGGACGAGAAACUCGAGCUUUUGAUGUAAAUGCAUCAAUGGACACAUCGAGAAAUGCUCGACGGUUGUUUGUUGUUUAAAUUCGGAGGUUGUGUUGAUUCUUCCAAAUGUGUGGAGUUGCAAGCUGAUCUCCAUGCAUCUGACAAAACCAGCAGGAGUUGGAAAAAACAGUGCUCUUAGCAUUACACUAUCUCUAAGCAGUAUGAUGGUUUCCUCUUUUAAGUUAUUAAGAGGCUGUGGUAAUCAGCUAUAGCCUAGAGAAAGAGGGGCUGAUGUCCUGGCACUAAUGAUGGUUUCCACUAUGUGGAAUCACAUUCAAACUAUGGGGAAUCCCAUUCAAUGACAGUCUGUUUUGUUUAUGCUUUAA